AUGAAUGAAGAAGAUAAGAAUUCAAUGGGAGGUGUCUCAUUGCAAUAUAUGAAUAAUACUGGAAAUGAUGAUUUACUUGGUAAAAAGACAAGAAUGAUAAGUAAAACAACAGAUUCAAUUAGAAAUCCUGGCUAUACGACAGAUUUUGGUCCACCACAAGCAGCAAGAAUAAAAAGAUCAAUGUCAAUGCCAUUUAUGAUUAAAUCUAUUUUAUCAAAGCCGACUCCAACAUUUAAUCGUCGCACAAAGAAAAAACAUGUUAGAAGUAAAAGUGUACAUUUUGAUGAAAAAUUACCAAUAAAAUUAUAUCAAUUAGAUGACAGGCCAAGAAUUAUUAGUGAUGAAAAUUCUUAUGACACAGGAAAAGUUAAUUUUGAUAAGAUUAAACCAUUAGGUAGGAUAAAUUCACAAGAAUAUUAUGAAGAUGAAGAUGAAGGUGAAGAUAUUAAUAUGAUAAGUGAUUCAUCAAUAAAUUAUGGUGAGAAUAAUGGGUUUUAUGAUUUCAAUUUUCCUAUAUUUGAUUAUGAACAAGGUUUACAAGAUGUUAGAAUAAAUUAUUUUUUUAAUCAUACUAAAAAUGAUUUAUAUUUGCAAGAAUUACAUUUAGAAUUUUUAAAACAUACACAAGAUUGGGUAUUAAAAGGUAUAAUAUCAUUAAGAAAUAUUUUUUUUGAAAAAUUUGUUGUCGUUAGAUAUACAACAAAUAAUUGGAAAAAUAGUACAGAUAUUUCAGGUAAAUAUAUUAGAAGUGGUAAUAAUUAUGAUUUUUUUGAAUUUCAAAUUAAUAAAUUAGUUGAUCUAAUUAAUUAUGAUUAUGAUAAACAUUCAAUUAAUCUAGAAUUUUGUAUUAAUUAUCAAACAACAGAUAAUAAUCAUCAAAUAUUAGAAUUUUGGGAUAAUAAUAACGAUAAAAAUUAUAGAAUGAGACUUGUAGUUGGUAAAGAAUUAAAUACAAUAACGAAAGAAGAAGAAGAUAUUAAAAAUAUUGAAAAACAAUUUAUGAAUUGGAAUUUAACAUAUACUGAUUCAAAUAAAAGUCAUAAUAAAAAUACAAAAAAAGGUACCAACAAUCAAAAUAAUAAAAAGAAAAGCAUACAAUCAUUAUUAAAUGAAAAUAGCGAUAGUGAUAGUGAUUUAGAUUCAUUAGAAUUUGAUUUAGAUCGUAGAUUUAAAAAUAAUAGAAAAAAUAAUAGCCGAAUGACUAAUAAUUUUGGUAUGAAUAAUAAUUUUAGUAAUUUUGGUAGUAAAAAAAGAGUUGAUAAUUUUAAUAAUAAUGAUAUUUUACAAAGUGCAAUGAAUCAAUACCCAUUUAAACAAUAUAAUUUUAAAAAUUCAUUUAACAGCUAA